AUUGUGUUACUGUCUGUUGUCAAUUUCUCCUUGUUAAUGGGGUUAAGCUUGACUGAUGCUCUUCCUCUCCCACCUCCCAAAAGACCUGCAAAAUACAAGCUAAUUACUCAGGGUACAGGAAAUUUACAAACUGAAGUAUUAGAGCCUAACAAGGAGCAAAUUCCGGUUGAGUUGGAGAAGAAGAUGAAGGAGGCUUGUGCUGCCGUUGGCGCCUACUUUGUCGCCUACCUUGAAGAGCAGAAAGCCAGUCUCGGAGCACAAAGGGAGUCUAGAGCUGUGAAUGCCGAAGAGGAGGAAAGUGCCGACCAAGCCAAGGAAACUGCAGAUGACGAUUACUAGGAAGCGGCUGUGGCUGGUCCUGCACAGAACCGAUCAAAUAAUAUUUGAUUUGCCCGUUGUUUUAUAAUAUAAAAGUUUGAAAAUUUUAAAACUUGAGUUAGUUGUUUUGUAAAUUAAGGUUUUUAUGUCAA